AUGCUACCAUUGUACAAAUGCUACGCACCAACUGAACCCGAUGACGAGGACACAGUGACACACUCUCUACCAAAAAGAGACAUGAGAGUUGUCAUGCCAAGGUAUAAGUUUAUUUUACUAAUUGCUUAUUUGCAAUGCCAUCAGACGGAGGCAUUUGUGUAUCGACUACUUUCCGAUGUGCUUCAAAAUAAUGUAGCCGGAGCUCCAGUCUUGCAUGAAAGAACUGAAUGGACUUUUGAUCCAGAAUCUGCCAAAAAUGCCAGAGCCUUAUUUUAUGAGACCAAUGGAUUUCGUGGUGAGAAAUACAUAGAACGUAUUGGCGUCGGUGAGGAUGGAAAACAAGAUCUGCGUAGAGCAGAGCAACAGGAGCGCGACUAUGGACGUUUAAAUGGGGAACAUUGGAUUAAUUAUCCAGCACCACAAUAGUAUUUGGAAUGGGUGCUGUAGUUUGCUAUGCCAAGGAUUGCCGGCAUUUGAAAAAUAAAAUUCAACAAAUGCUGUUUAGAAUGGUAUUUUGUUGUAUCAUAAAUGUAUUCAAAAGUAUCAUUGUUAUUUAUUAUUUAAGAACAUUAUGCUACUUACGAUAACAUUUC